GUCUGAUUUGAGUUUUGUUUUGGUUCCUGUGUAUAACAAGAUAGACCACCUACUUAGGCUAGACCUAGGCCUAGUUGUUUUUAUGGUUUGGAAGUUCAGCCGUUUUCUUGUGUGAUACAGCAGGGCGAAUUAUUUAAAACUGUCAACAAAUGUACGUGUAGCCUAGGCCUAAAUUUGUGAGAGGAUGAGCGUUGCUUAUAUAAUUUGAGUCUAGCUAGCUAGGCCUACUAGGGCCAGGCUAGGCGCGUCUAGCUAGCCGAAGACCCUGCCUACUACCCCUACCAAGCGACCUAGUAGUAGGCCAAGGCCCGCACUCAAGCAUAAGCCCCUAAUAAUAAGGAAGUCUGGACCAUUUUAUAAACAUAGACCCUGGCCAACUAGGCCUAGGUUAGCCUAGGCCUAUUAGGAGUCUAGUUUUUAGCCUACUUCUACUAGCCACGUACUAUGCAAUUGCAACAUGCUGGCUCUGGAUGAUCUUGAUUGACCCCAGGUGCGACGGUCUGCUGAACUGUGUGAUGGAGAGUUCUACAAAAGAACCAACUUCAAAUGGAAGUCGAACCAACUCUGUCCUUGUGUCUUCAAUUUUAAGUAAUGUUAUUCAUGUCACUUGUCAUAGCCACGAAAAAAGCUGUUCAUUAAAGGCGCAGCUGUAUCGUUUCGACCAAUUGCAAACAAAAUUUAUCUCAAUCAGGCAGACUCCAUCAACUACUUUUCAAGUAAGUCAUCUAAAAUAUGUAGUCCAUGGUUUAGUUGAAGAUGAUGUCACAGGCUUGGUGAAUUUAUAUGUUGUUGUAGAGGCAGAAUUCCUAACAGCAACAGAAGUACGAUGGAUUUACUAUGUACUGCAGGUUACUGAGCAUUCAAUUAUGACCAUCUCAAAGUUCGAUCUUUUAUAUCAGUUAUCAAAAAUGAAGAUACAUCUUGCCAAUGGUCCCAAAGUAGUUUGGUGUUGCAAAGACAAUUUAACUAUCUAUGACAUCGCAAAGCAGUCACAGAAGUCAUGUACCAGACAUUCCUCUGGUUGGAUUGAUGGUGGAACACUUCUCUGGUCUGGAGUCAUUGGCAGAGAUCUUGUAGCAAUUGGUACAGUGAAAGAGUUACAAGAGAGCAGUGAUGGCAUGUUAAGCACUCCUGACAUCCUGAUGUCAUUCCAAAGCAGACAUCAUUUUGUUGGCAUUGAUUUAAGCAACUUUCAAAGGAAUUAUCCAAUUUCCAAACUUCUUCCUGAUGUGUACGCAGAGAUAGUUAUUGCUAUGAGUGUAAAUAGCAAUGAUUCUAGUAACGUCAUCAUUUGCACUAGAGAAUCACAGUUGAUAUCUUUGAAAGGUGGACAGAUUCAGAGUGUCUGCCAGCUACCAUUCAAGGAUGCAGUGGAAGUGGAUGUUGCCAUCACAGCAGGUGGAAAAGAGUUGAUCAUUGUGCAUUCUGCUUCUUCAGAUGUUUGCUGUGUGUGGUCUAAAUCCUUUGAGGUUGCAGAAACAUGGCAGGGGGUACACAUGGUUCUUGUUGAUGAUUUUUUCCAGUGUGGCAACGAUCAAAUCUUAAUGCUGGUAUCAGAUCCUACCCAAAUUGCCAAUAUUUUUGCUGGCUUUAUACUAACGGAUUUACAGAGUCGCAAUAUCAAAGAUGGUGUAAAAGCCAAUAUGGAAGUGAACGUUGGUUCACAAAGCAACUUAAAGUCGGCAGUAAGAGCUUUGCAAACAAGGAUGCAGAUAAGUGUUGCUGCUGUGAAAGAAAGCAGACUUAAACUUGCAGAUAAAGUCAGAAUGAUCCAUCAGUCCCACAAAGCAUUGGUCAACAUGGUGAAUGGAAACGCUGAGGAUGCAGCGAGUCCAGCUCAAACGGCUUCAUUAAUUUGUCUAUUUGAUGGAUCACCAGAAGAAGGCAGUUCCAUAACAGAAACAAACCAGGUUCAGAUAAGCAAAGAUAAUGGACAACACCCAUCAGUUUCAUCACCAUGGCAAUGCCUAGUUGGUGAUGAGUGGAUUGUGGGAUUGAAAGUCCACAAUGCAACAAGCAAAACUUUCCAUCGAUUAGCUUUAUUAGUCAUCGCAAGAGAUGAUCAACUGUAUCCCAUUACACUGCAAUGUAGAAGCAGCCUAACAUCAUUAGCCAAUAAUGUCAAAGGUCAGGACGAGCCCCUCCUAAAGAGGAUGAAGUACAAACAAGAAAUUCCCAAACCGCAGAUGGAUGAAUUGCUCCCAAAUGACACUGCAUUUGUUUGCGCUGUGACAAAGUUACCAGCGUUUAGUCAGCCAAAUUUGGUGUGCAAUCUAGCAUUGCACUGGAAAGACAAUCUGGUGGAUAAGUCCGAGCCAGUCAAAAGCAUCUGUGUGGGCAACGCUACACUUAUGGCAAGUGACGUGGCAGGAGGAGACCUGCAGGUCUCUUACCAAGAAUCUCGGGGUUCAUUGACCAAUCAGGAUGAAAUGACCCUCAAUGCAGUGCAGCUAGAGACAAUGCUGGACAUUACUAGUCACCAUAGCCACAUCAAUCAAAUAGGCUCUGUGAUCCAGAAUUCAUUAAAGUUUCUCAAAAUGAAAAACACUAAUGGAUUCAUUUGUACAGCUGGUGCAUUUAGUCUAUGCAGAGUUUAUAUUACUAAUCUCAAUGCGAAAAUGCUGAAGAUACAAGUCUUCACAAGGUAAUAUACCUUCGGACAAAACAUUUUUUUAUCGCGUGUACCAGCGUACUGUUGCUAUAUGUUAACUAAGCAAUUAGCAUUGUGGCAGAAUUGCGUGCUUCAGCACAGAGAAGCCAUAAUACUUUUACUUUUUGGCAAUAUUAAGUCGAUUCCAGUAAAUAACCUAUCAUUUGUGGUCUUUGUCGAUGUUUUUAAAAAAAAUUCAGUGUAUUCUAUUUUGUAGAUAAGCUUUUAUCAUUUUUGAAAUUAAGUAUCUUCUCGAUUGUAUUAAUUUAAAACGGGACCAUUUUGAAAAAAGACUGUUACAUCUUGUA